AAAUAAAAUAUUGUAAACAGCUAAUCCAGUAUUCAUACCAUAAUUCUACGAUUAUAUCUGUUACAUGUGAUUCGCACUGGACUGUAAAUAACACUACACCGAGGCACUAGCCGCUGAUAGAUUUGUUUCCGCACGGAGCCGUAUAAGAGACGGACACGUUACACGGUUGUUUUCGUUAACAUGUUAUAUGCUGCGUUUAACAUCUCUAGAGGCGUCGAUACAGUUGUUUUGUUGUGAAAAUCCCCUGUGCUACGAUGAAUGACUGGAGCCCUGUUGCGAAAGUGUAUGAUCCACUGAAGGCUGGAAGUAUAGAUGGCACAGACGUGGAGCCCCAUGACCGUGCAGUCUGGCGUGCGAUACAGGCGCGUUAUCGACCCAACAAGGGCAUUGGGGGAGACCCUCUUCUCACACUGUUUGUAGCGCGCCUACACCAGCACACCUCUGAGGAGAAGCUCCACCAGGUAUUUUCUAAAUACGGAGACAUUCAAAAACUUCGCCUUGUCAGGGACGUGGUGACCGGCUUCUCCCGGGGAUAUGCCUUUGUGGAGUACAAGGAGGAACGAGCGGUGACGCGCGCGCGUCGGGACGCCAACAAAUUAGUGGUGGACCAGCACGAACUGUUUGUGGACUUCGAGCAGGAGAGAACACUGAAGGGGUGGGUUCCACGGCGUUUGGGGGGAGGCCUAGGGGGUAGGAAGGAGUCUGGACAGCUGAGGUUUGGUGGGAGAGACAGGCCCUUCCGUAAACCCAUCAACUUGCCCCCCACUUUCAACCAGGACAGGCCAACAGAACGAAGAUGGGAGAGGGGAGGCGAGAGAGAAGACUGGAAUAAGGAGAGACACAGAGGAGCUUCUCCAGGCAGAGAUUCUGGCUAUAUGGACCGGCGAGAGGAGCGAGAGAGGGGCAUAGGAAGAAGAGAAGAGCGAGACCGAGGGAUGGAAAAGAGAGACGAGAGGGGGAUGAGCUACAGAGAUAAAGACCACUAUAGAGACAGGAGGGACGACAGACGGUCCAGGGAUGACCGUUAUGAAAGAGACUCAAAAAGAAGAAGGGAUGACAAACAUUAUGCAGAAAAACACAGAGGAGAUGAGAGGAGAUAAACCUGAAAAAAUAGGCCUAUGAUUAUCUCGAAUCCCUUUUAGAGGGAUUUUUGCUAUGUUACAGCGUCCUUGGAG